AUGGAAUGGCAACCUAAAGCAACUGCAGAGGAAAGCAAUAAUACAAAUACCCAGCAACAAGAGAUUCAAACUGAACCAGUUGUGGAUAUUCAAGUCAAUAACAGAGGUAAGCAGGCAGUGGUAACUCAAGGAGCUACUGGUAAACCAAAACAGGCAGAGAUCAAUUAUGAAGAACUAGCUAGAAGGAAUGCAUUUGCUCCACUGAGAAUAUUGGAGAGGACAUCCAUUGAGGGACAGUUGCAGAAGAUUCGAAUGAAGAUGGGAAUAGACUGGCAUUUCAAAGACAAUUAUGAAUACGCACCUAAUGGUAGAAUAUGGUUAAUAUGGAAAGAAGCAAAUGUACAUGUAGCAGUACUGGAGAACACUGAUCAGAUGAUUCACUGUCUAGUGAAGGAUAAAAAUUCAGCAUUCACCAGUUAUAUAACAUUUGUGUAUGGCCUCCACACUACUCAACACAGAAUUCCACUAUGGAGAAGUUUGAGGAACAUGCAAACUACUGGACCAUGGCUCAUAAUAGGAGAUUUCAACAGUGUGCUAAAUGUAGAUGAUAGGGUGAAUAGAAUUUCAGUUCACCAAGCAGAAAUAAUUGAUUUCCAAAACUGCCUUGAUGAUAUUGGAGUGGGACAAAUCACAAAAAGAGGCAGCAGUUUCUCAUGGUGCAAUAAAAGGGAUGCAGAUGAAGUACAGGGGAAGCUCAAUGAGGACUACUUCAACAAUCAACUUAUAGAAGAUGAGAGAAGGAUCUUAAAAAGCAUAGAGAAAUGGGAAGCAAUUCAUGAGCAAAUUAUGAGGCAGAAGUCGAGAGCAACAUGGAUCCAACUAGGAGAUUGCAAUACCAAAUACUUCCAUGCUUAUAUGAAGGCCAGACAAGCAAGAAAUAAGAGAAUUCAUCCAGCAGAUGAAUUACCAGGGAUAGAUGUCAGUAUAGCACGAAAUGGUCCUUGUCUAACACUAGCCCAGCAGCAACAAUUGUUACAAGCAGUAACACCAGAGGAGAUCUGUCAAAUUGUAAAGAAUCUACCUAAUGACAAGGCACCAGGUAUGGAUGGAUACCCUCCUGAAUUCUUUAAGGAAUUUUGGCCAAUCAUUGGACAGGAGGUCAUAGAAGCAGUUCAACAAUUCUUUCAAACUGGCAAACUACUGAAGAAAAUUAAUUGCACAACUGUUACAUUGAUUUCAAAGGUGAAAAAUCCCAGCUAUGUGAAGGAGUUUAGGCCAAUUGCUUGUUGUUCAACCAUGUAUAAAAUUAUUGCCAAGCUACUGACAAAUAGACUUAAACUAGUUGUGGAUCUUUUGGUUGGACAUUCUCAGUCUGCCUUCAUAGAAGGAAGGAAUAUUCUUGACAAUGUUAUAAUGGCUCAUGAACUGAUAAAAGGGUACUCUCAAAAAGCAGUUUCUCCUAUAUGUAUGAUCGAAGUGGACAUUAGGAAAGCAUAUGACUCGGUUGAGUGGAGUUUUUUUAAAGCAGUACUGCUUGAGUUUGGGAUACCAUACAAGAUGAUAGCACUAAUCAUGGAAUGUGUAUCUACAGUCAGUUAUACUCUCCUACUGAAUGGGGGACUAGCUGACAAAUUUGCAGCAAGAAAAGGGCUAAGGCAGGGGGACCCUAUGUCCCCAUACUUGUUUGUAUUAGCAAUGGAGUACCUAAACAGAUCUUUGAAGACACUGAAUCAGAAUUCAGAUUUUAACUUUCAUCCUAAAUGUGCUGAACUAGCUGAUGAGGUUUCAGUGAAGUUAGUGAUGAAAAUUUUUGAUCAUUUAUCCAAGGCCUCAGGUCUACAAGCAAAUCUGGAAAAGAGUUCAUUAUACAUAGCAGGUGUGCCUAUGGUGUUCAAAGCCAGAAUGUUAGCAGAACUUCAACUAUCAACAGGCAGCAUCCCAUUCAAAUACUUGGGAGUUCCUUUGUCCUCAAGGAAGAUUACUAUUCAGCAAUGCAUGCCUUUAGUUGAGAAGAUGGUGGAGAGGAUAAGAAGCUGGACAUCAAAGCUAUUGUCCUAUGCUGGAAGACUACAACUUAUUAAAAGUGUCCUGUUUGAAAUGCAGACCUACUGGGCUCAAAAAUCCAUAGCAUGGGAAACAUUAUGCAAACCAAAAGCUGCUGGGGGCCUAAACAUUAUCAAUUAUGAGAGAUGGAAUAAAGCUGCUUUGACUAAACUCCUAUGGGCUCUAAUGGCUAAGAAGGACAAACUCUGGAUUAAAUGGAUACACAGCCACUAUAUAAAGCAGAAGGACAUCAUUACAAUGGAAACUCCAAAGCAGGCUAGUUGGAUAGUGAAGAAACUGUUUACAUCAAGAGAAUGGUGGGCUAAUGACAUACCAACAAUUGAAUCAUUUGCUCAGAAUGGGAAAUUCAGCAUUCAGAAAGCCUACCUUCAUGCUACUCCAAAAUACCCUAAAGUCCAUUGGAAAGCUCUAGUCAUGUUAACAGGAAUAUUACCUAAGCAACAUUUCAUUUUAUGGAUGGCAAUACAAAGAAGGUUAGCUACGGUUGACAGACUAGCAAAAUGGAGAAUUCAGGUGAACCAUUCUUGUGUAUUGUGUGGAGGUGACAUAGAAGAGACACAUGAUCACUUGUAUUUCGAGUGUCCAUAUUCACAGAGCUUAUGGAAGGGGUUGCUUGAAUGGUUAAGUUACAAGAGAAGGGUUGAAAUCUGGGAAGCUGAGGUACAAUGGUUAACUGCCAAUGUAAACAACAGAAAUCCAAGGAAAAAUGUGCUAAGAGUGGUGUUUGCAGCAGUAGUAUAUUAUAUCUGGAUGGAGAGAAAUGCAAGACGAUUCCAGAACCAGAGCAAAGAGAUUCAGGAUAGAGCAAAAGAAAUUGUUUUGCGGGUGCACAUAACAGGACAGAAGAAAUGUAAAUGGACACCUAUAUUGAAUACACUAAAUAGCUAUCCUAAUUGUAAUUCAUAG